AUCUCAUUCAAAAAGGCCUCACUGAAACAUCUCAAUUCCUUUCGAAAGUCAUCAAUUGAGGUGAUGAACAAUGCCUUCCUCCGACGAAGCAUCAGCUCACCAAAAUGAAUCCCCUCAAGCACCUCCGAAGCGAAAACUCCCAGCAUGGCUGGACCACUUCAACGCACACGACAUAAAGAUCUUUCUUCGGUGCUGGAUCGCAAUAUGGGUCAUGAUGCUCCUCAUUUUCAUCCACCCCAGUCUCGUUGAGAUAGGCCAAGCGACUUUUCUAGGCGCGAUUCUUCUCUUUGCAGUUCCGCCAGCUAGUAUUUUAUUCAUCUAUCUUCUCGCUGCCUUCUCGCUACUGCUGGGAAUGUGUCUUGCUUGGUGUUGGGGUCUUUUGACGAUGAAAGCUGCGCUUGCCGCGCGGUCUGAUGCUGAGACGCAGGCUAAGCUUCAGGCCCUGCAGCAGCAGGCUGGGGAGAUUGCGAACACGACGGGACAAGCGCCGGCGUGGGAGGCGCAGGUUUUGAUUCAUGAGGGUUUUAUGCUUGAUGCGAGAGUCACAGCUGUGUUUUUCAGCAUGGGAUGUUUGUUCAUUUACGUUAUGGCUCGACUCAGAUGCGCCAACCCAAAGCUUGUUCUGAUGCAGAUCUUUGGAACGAUUGUUAUGGACAUCUUUAUCCUUUUUGGUCCGACACUUCCAACAUUUCAAGGCGACCUUGCAGCUAUUAUUGUCAAGCCUGGAGCCAUUGGAAUUGGUCUAGGCCUAGCAUGUUGUCUGUUGCUCUUCCCCCAGUCCACAUCGUACAUGGUUCUCGGUCAGAUUGAGAAGUUGGUUCGCAUGUCCAACUCAGCUCUUUCCGCGACGAAAAGGCGUUUUGCAGAUGAGUCUAUUCCGCUUGCUGAGCUUCAAGGAAGCAGAGCUGGUUUGAUAGCUGUCUUUAAAGCUGGACAGCCGGCUCUCGCUUUCUUGCCUCUGGACUUUUCACGUGGAAGAUGGAGUGCAGACGACGUGAAGGGAUUACAUGCACGAGCACGGAAGGUCAUGUUCUCCAGUCUUUAUCUUCUCGAUUUCCAGAUUGCCCAGAUUCGUGGUAAGCAGAAAGAAGAGGAUCACAUUAGAGCUCAAGAAGAUGGACGAAUUGGCCCAGCGACAGAUAAGGAGAAAUAUGAGAUUGGUCAACAUCAUCGACACGAAAAUGCCACGAUUUUGAGCGCGUUCCAAAGACCCGAAGGAUCUGAGAUUCGUUCCAGGACGAGGAAUACCCUCCGAGAUACGACAUCAGAUCUGCUGCAGAUCGGACCGCAGGCUAUCAACCUUGCAGCGGAUUAUAUACAUGCCGUCAACUCUUGUCGAUGGAUGGGAAAACCGUCGCCCGUACAAUUUGAGGAGCUGAACCGAAACCUUCACGAUACUUUGGCGAGGUCACGCCAGGCGAGGGAAGCAUGCGUCAUCAACACGACCAAGGGAGUUCUCGAAGCUCACGCAGAACUGUUCGACGAGAAUGGCCAUCUGAAACCCAUGGAGGGAACUGAUCGACCCUUUUUACCCAGCAUGGUGAUUGCCAUGGUAAUCGAGGAACGAAUUCUGAACAUGGCCAUUGCAACGGAGAAGCUGUUGGAGUACAUCCUCAACCUCUCCGAAAAGCGAACAAGUCACCGUAUAUGGGUUCCUUCACGGCUGCAAUACGCUAUGUCCUGGAUAUUCCAUGGACAGAUGACCUUCCCAGGAUAUGAUAUCUCAACGGAGGAGGAUCCUGAUCAAAUGAUGGAUUCUGAGACCUUCGAUGAGCAAACUAAGGAAACGAAGCGAAGGCUGGAUAUUAGUCGAGGAUAUAAAGGCUCUUCUGCGCAGAGAAGUAAGAUCGGUCGUAUUUUUAUCGUGACAUAUAACUGGUUGGUCAAUCCUUCUGGGAUGUAUGCUUUGAGGAUGGUUGUCGUUACGAUCGCUCUGUCAAUACCGGCUGUGCUUGCCAGUACAGCUGGUUUCUUCUACAGAGAGAAGGGAAUCUGGGCUGUUAUCAGUGCUCAAACUGUCCUCCUUGUGUAUCUAGCCGACUUUACCUUUUCACUCAUCGCUCGAACCAUCGGAACUAUUGUUGGAGGCGUUAUAGGCAUGGUUGCUUGGUAUAUUGGCGCAGGAAGUGGUAUCGGCAACCCAUACGGCAUGGCAGCUUCAACAGGUGUUAUGAUCAUUCCUAUGCUCUGGUGGCGCCUUUACCUACCUCCUUCAUUCGCAUUUGCUACCAUCAUGGGCGGAGCUACCUUCUGUCUAGUUCUGGGUUUCAGUUGGGACCACGAUCAUAUCAUCCAGUAUGGUCUUCCCGGCAAAGGUUACGAAGCAUUUUGGAAGCGAGUCGUCACAGUCUUGAUCGGCUUCGUCGCUGCAUUUGUCGUGCAAUUAUUCCCAAGUCCACCAUCUGGAACAACGCACGUCUGCAAGAUCCUCGCAAACUCGGUGCGCAGUUUGUCAGAUCACUACGCUCUACUGAUCUCCCACUGGGGUCGGACAGACAGGAACCAUGCCUUGGGAGCAGUCGCAGAGCAUAUUUCCAUCGAAGUCGCGGAGAUCUUACUCGCUGUCAGUCCGUCCAUCGCUCUACUAAAAGGCGAAUUGAGCUUCGGACCGUUCGACCAAAAGGUUCUUUCACAGACGAAGGAACAGCUACAGUACAUGAACCAAGCACUAGGCGGCCUUCUGAACCUCGCAUCAACUCUACCAAAAGAGAUGCAAGACCGUCUCAUUCGCGUCGCAAACAUACUCGAUGAGCGAUCCAUCGGAGAUGUCAUGGCUGUCCUGGGUAUUAUUGAACAAUCUUUGCGAACAGGCUCACCUUUACCAGAACGAUUGCCUGCACCGCUUGUUCGACGCGCCAUUGAUUCGUUCUACACUUCGAAAAGUGAAGUUCUUUUGACGACUACGCUGGUUGCAGAUGAAGAUCAUAGACGGUACUGCGUUGCUGUAACGUUGUAUCUCAAAUUCCUGGGGAGUAUUGAUGAUUUGUUGAUUGUACUCAAGACAGCGCUGGGAGAGAGGCAUAUCAUUUAUCAGUGGGACGAUGUCAAGGAUAUUGCAUGAGUCGUUCAUCCUUCAGACCAGUAAUACUGUUCUGGGACCGAGCUCCAUACUGCAUAAAUCAGAUUGAACAAGGAUUAGUGCAGUCCGAAAUAUUGAUCAGUUAUGGUAUGAAUGGAAUGCAAUCGUGAUUUGGGCCUCAAGGUUGUCGUCCAAUUAUUAUCGAGCUGUACCGAGCUCCAGCUCCUUCAGGUUAAAAUCUCACACGCGAAGUGCUUUGGUGGCGCAUUAGGCUCCACAACGUGGUAAGACUAUUGAAGCGUUAAGCACUGGUCUAAAACAAGUAGAGAGACUAAACUCCGGUCAGCAAUUAUGCUGCGUUUGAGGUCACUCGACCUUGGCCGCCAGAAAUGGUAUCUUUACGCCAAGCUCAUGAUGGGAUGAACCGCACGACGACAGGCAACCGUGAG